AUGGCAGAAGAGGAUUAUAAAGUUUGGUUGGAAGCAGUUUGUAGACCAGGUGUGUGCUUAGAGGAGUCACAGAAAGCGUAUAGAGACUGGGCUAGCACUUACGAUGAGGAUGCUGAAAAAUACAAGUAUGACAUUAACAGUAUUAAAAUAGCUUCAAUUCUUAAAGAUUAUUUCCAAGAAGGUGAGCGAGGAAACGUUCGAAUUCUUGAUGUCGGUGCAGGUACUGGACUGGUUGCGAAACAGCUUAAGAAGUAUGGUUUUGAACACAUAGACGCCCUUGAACCAUCGGAAGACAUGUUAAAUGAGGCAAGAAAAAACAACCUUUAUGAAAACUACUUUGUCGAGUUUAUAUCCGGAACACCAUCAAGUUUACCUGCCAAUUCCUAUGAUGUUCUCACAGGAGGUGGAAUCUACGCAACAGAAGCACACGUGCCCGCUGAAGCUAUUCUUGAAAUGAUAAGGCUUGUAAAACCGGGAGGUGUUAUAAUUUUAGUGGGCAGCUAUACCUAUAUCCGGACAAGUAAGAAUUAUGAUGAUCUUGAGCCACUAAUGGGAAGACUGGAAGUUGAGGGCAAAUGGAAGAAAUUAAUACAUGAGAUAUGGACAGCUGAAUCAGCUGGCAGUACAACAGUGGAGAGAAUAACUUGUUGUUACAGAGUGAUCUGAGAUAUACGUUCUCUAUUGCAUUGUAUUUUGGCAACUUUUAGACGAAAAGUAUAUAAACCUUCUACUUACUUAUACAUCUUGUAUGUUAGUUGUUUGACCUCCAUUCACCUGUCCCCCGCCCCAGCUUUCUCCCACAACUCUCCACGUUAUGAUCCACCAAUCUGUGUAU